AACAAAGUCCAGGAAGAUGGACGUGAGCAGCUGAAUUAUGGCACGCUCAUUAUUCGUGGUGAGAAAGUUCUGUCACGGAACGUUAAAGGCGUUGGAUUUGUCGUACACCCAUUUUUGUCCAUCUCGUCGAUCUCGCAUGAAAUUCUAUCACCCCGCCUGAUUAUCCUUCGAAUCCGUCCUCUGCAUCAGAAAACCAUCGCUAUCAUCAACUGCUAUUCUCCAGCAUCAGCAGCUGAUGGCUCGGAACUUGGUGCUUUUUAUGAAGUGGAGCGAGUCAUCCGCAAAGAGAAGUCCUUCUAA